AUGCCACCAGCGAGGAUGAUGAGGACGAGGAUGUUCAGCAAGAAUCCCAACAUCAACCUUCUCAACAACGUCAUCAUUUUGUCAUUCUUGCCAAGGAAACAUCACAAGGUUCUCUCGCCCAGCAUCCUUGACUUCCCUACACUCGUUCUCAGCCCCAUCACGCCCCUCAUACCUAACCCCUUCAAUCGUUCCCAUUUCGUUAAUGAAAAUGGCGCCAUUGUGGUUAUGGAGACUGUUGAAGCAGCUGAAAAGAAAUCCAUGAAGGAGAAAGGGUUUUUCUUGGACCCUUCUCCCGUGUCCACUCCCCAUGACGAAAAGCCUCGCCUUUUGCCCUUCUUCCCCACCACCGCCACUGUCGCCAUGUCCCCAGGUUCUAGUUCUUCUUCCUCUUCCUAA